AUCAACUGCGUGUUCAGCCACGUCCUCGCCGUGUGCGGCAUCGUCGGGAACAUGCUCAACGUGGCCGUGUUCGCUCAGAGGAACAUGAAAAACAACACCAACAUACUGUUCGCGUGGCUCUCGUUCAACGACGUGGUUUUCUCCUGCACCCAGGUGAUAUCUCGCCUGGAGAGCGUGGUCAGGAAAUUCGACGCCACCCUGGCCACCUCCGUGUACAUCUGCUACAACGCGUACGUCUACUUCUGGAAUCAGGUGGCCUUGGCGUCGAGCGUCUACCUAGUCGGAGUCGUCGCGGUGGAGCGGACCGUCGCCGUCUGCUUCCCGUUCAGCGCCUUCAGGAUCGUCACUUCCGCGCGCGUCAAGCUCGCCAUCGGCCUCGGGUAUCUCCUGGUGAUCGGCUUGUCGUCGCCGUGGCUGUUCCUGUUCAACGUGGAGUGGGUCACCGACCCCGGCACCAACAGGACGGUGGCCCGGAUGGUCGGCACCGAGUUCCUCGCCACCCACUUCCGGUUCAUCACGCACGACCUGUACAUCGCCAUCAACGUCGUCCUGUUCUACGCCCCCGUCGCGGUCAUCUCGGCGUGCACCGUCAUGACCACCGUCGGUCUCGCGGCGUUUUCGAGAAACAGGCGUCUGCUGUCAGCCGCCGCCGCCGUCGUGACGUCGGUGAAACGGAAGCGGGAGAUGAAGUCGGCGAGGACGGCCGUGAUCCUGUGCGUCAUGAUCGUCGUCCUCGUGUUCGUGCCGACAGGGGUGUUGGAGAUGAUGACCGUGUACUCGCCGAAUUACUUCAACGACAACCAGGUUUACAUCCUCAGGUGUCUGCAGACCGUGGCCUACGAGGCCAGCUGCGCCUUUAAUUUGGUGAUAUAUCUCAUGACGAGUAGCAAGUUUGCGAAAACGUUUAAAAAGCUUUUCUGCAGUUGA